CAGACAUUCUAGACGCAUAUUCCAAACCAAGACCACCCUCUCUCGCUCUUGUGCCCUCCUUUCUUAACCCUAUGACUAGACGAAACGGACCUUGAGCUGCUCGUCUUUGUCUUUCAAUCUACAAAUUGACGCUCUCUACCACCCUCCUCAUUCUUCUUCCACUACCAACGUCGAGAUCGCAAAGCUCCAACCCCCACCUCCCCGAACAGAAAGACCAAAUUACAACCGUGUCAAGAUGACCGCAAAUGGCAAUAGCGAGAGCAGUUCUGCUCCUGUCGAAGCAUCCAACAUCCCUAAUGGAGAAGCACCAUGGAGCGUUGAAGCAGUCGUGGCAGCUCUCCCGGGUGGACCCCCAAAAGUCGACUCCGCAUCCCCAGUUCCUUUCUUCCACAUGCUGGAGCGUCUCAAGACUACCAAGCGCGAAGGCUGGCGCCGGUUUGGCAUCUCGCAAGGCGAAUCGAUAUCUGACCACAUGUACCGGAUGUCCCUCAUAACUCUCUUCGCACCCCCCGCGCUAGCAUCCAAGCUCAACAUCCCGCACUGCACGAAGAUGGCGCUGGUCCAUGACAUGGCCGAAGCGCUCGUCGGGGACAUUACACCUGUUGAUGGAGUCUCCAAGCCUGAGAAAUCACGACGUGAAGAAACCACCAUGGACUACUUUACCCAAGGACUUUUGGGCCGCGUACACGGCGGGAUGACUGGCAAAGAGAUCAAAGACAUAUGGAGAGAAUAUGAGGACAGCGAGACCCUAGAGAGUAAAUUUGUGCACGACGUCGAUAAGAUCGAGCUGGUCCUUCAGAUGGUAGAAUAUGAGCGUGCUCAUGAGCGAAAGUUGGAUCUGGGAGAGUUUAGUUGGGUUAGUAGCAAGAUUGUGCUGCCGGAGGUGAAGGAGUGGUCAGAUGAGUUGAUGAGGGAACGAGAGGCGUUCUGGGGAAAUGUUGAGCAUACUACGUAUGAUGAAAAACGAUUACCAGGAGCGGAAAAGUUGGCGCAGAGCUUAGAAUAUUAUGGUGGGCAGAAGUAAGAAGGCGUUGAUUGGACCUUGGGCCAUGGAAGCUUCAAGCUCGUGAGUGGAGUACAGGAUUUUGCUAGCACUUGGAGCAGUGCUGUGAUGAUCAUGUUUGAUGAUUGGGGGCCGUUUCCUCAGGUACCUGGGCAAACUCAGAUGGGCGUUGGUUGCAUGAUAGGGAAUCUUACAGAUAGAUCAUGAACGCAGAGAUGCCUCGCAG